AUGACUUCGUCGAACGUCACCGUAGAUCGUCUUGCAGAGCUCGCAGAUGAUUUGUGGAACGUCGCAACCUAUCGGAUGUUUCCUACGAUCGGAGAGAGCGUGGUAUGGGCUGCGUAUACUGUACUGGUGGCCUUCCACUGCACCAUUCAUUAUCGACAAAAUCCCGAGGAUCGGGUCUGGCCCGUCUUUGCCGUAUCCGCGAGCUCGUAUAUUGGAUGCACGUUGAUCUGGGCUUUGGACGUCGUCAUUUUGUGGCAAGAGACCGAUCAGUUGCUACCAAGUCGCCUUUCGGUGUCUGCAUCAGAAUCGACGAUAGGAGAAGCCCUCAAGGACGUCACUGGUACCACAUCAAUGGUGCGCGAUACGUUCCAGGUAUUCGUCUUUCUCCUGUGCGAUAUCAUCUCUCUCUGGAGAGCCUACGUCAUUUAUGGGAGGCCUAUGUGGCUCAAGGUCGUUUGCAUCAUCCUAGUGGUAGGAGCCGAUGCCAUGUGGAUUCUUCAACAGCUUGCGCACUGCGCGGCGUCGUACCUGAAGAAUCCGCCUAUGUCAUUGAUGCGCCUCUAUGAAGUGAACGAUGGUAUCUUAGGAACAGCGGGACCUGGGAUAGCCGGAGCAAUAUCUGGAUCCGCGCAGGUGUUUGCUACAAUACUCAUCGCGCGCAAGGCAUGGAUCCAUCGCCGAGAAGUCGUGACACUCCUUCCUGAUCGAAAAGGCUCGCCGUAUCAUGGACGUUUGCUGGCCGUGCUCUAUAUUGUGAUUGAAACAGGUGUCGUGUAUGCCUGUCUCUGGGGGAUCUUCAAUCUGGCCAUUGAGAGUCAGUUCAGCGAUACUGGAUUCUACUGGGCGCAGUAUUGGAUGUGCCAAAUCGCUGGAAUCUACCCCACCCUCAUCGUCGUUGUGAUCUCGCUGCGAACGUCGUUACUCGAACGCAGCGUCAAUGACCCGGAGCUCGUCAAGUUAUCUAUGAGGUUUGCCACUCAUCACGACUCCGAGACUUCGCCUUCCGACAAUACCCCUGUCCAUGCCCGGGUUGAAGAUACGGGCUCUGAUAGAGAUGCAGAACGGGAGAAUAAUGUUCAGGCGCCAGUUUGA